AUGGCAAAAAAAAAGACACUCAAACAACAAGAUUUCCAAAAGAAGAAACUAAAGGUUGGCAAGCCCAGACAGCAGGCCAGCAAUGUGACAGACACAUCGUUUUCUGCACGUAUGAUAUCACUGCCGAACCAGACGAGACUGAAAACUGCAGGAGGUAACGAGAAUGGUGCAGCAGCCGCUGGAAAACUCGAGAAUGACGUUAUCAAACGUUUGUCGCUGUGCAAACAUCACAGUGCAAUUACCAGGAAAGAAACGUUGGUACAUUUCAAGACUUUAAUUCCCAAAGUUAUUCGCACCAAAUGUAUUACUCCAAUGCUAAACAGUUGCCUUCCGAUGAUAUGCGAUGAGGAUGCCCAGGUUAGAGCUGCAUUGCUAGAACUUUUCGAGGAGUUGGGCCAGCAUGACCAAAAUGUACUUCGUUUACACAGCAGAGCGCUUGUGUUAUUCAUAAACAGCAGCAUGACGCAUAUAGUACCGGCAAUCCAACGAGACUCGGGCAAAUUUUUGAGAUGCGUUUUGCGCUACUGUGGAGAUGAGCUGGUCCGAAAUUCAUGGGCCAAAUUACUAAAGGGACUGUUUGGCGUUCUUGGAUGGUCUGUAGAGACUUCCAAAAACGCCAAAAAAAGUGUAAGCAUAGGUGUCAAAACGUCAAGCGUGGUCAGCAUGAACAGCGCAAAGGCCAAAAAAGCGCAGCAAUCCAACAUCGAGACUUUGCUCGAGUUCGUCAAGUGCGGGUGCAUAGAACAAACUUCCGAUGAUGGUCACGAGGGUGUUGCUGCCCAUUCUGCAUACGGCAAGUACCUCAUACCCGCUGCCCCUCAACCUUUUCAACAUUUGAAGCUGUUUGUGCGGGAGCUUAAGAAGAACCAAACGGGCAGCGGUUCGAAAUUAGAGGAGGUUUUGAACGUCACUCUUCAAGAUUUCGCUGCUCGACGCGAGGUGCUUCUGGCAUAUUUCUACGAUCCCAUGGUGCUUAACGCAUCUGGCAUUAUCGUCGGCGGAGGCGAAUGCGGUAGGGCUGCUAGCGUUCUGAAGGACACUCUUGAGGGCAUAAAGCAGCUGCAAGAAGCUCAGCAAGGAGCAUGA